GACCUCAUCAUCUUCGUCAAUGCUAUCGUUUGCUCCAUCUCUGAAGCUCUUUGAUCCCGAUCCAAUGGCGCUGCGGCUCCUCCUUCUCUCCCUCGUCGCCGCCGCACUCGCCGCCGCCGGCGCUGGAGCAGGAGAGAGCUCCUUCGACUUCUCCAACCCGAUCCGUUCCGUCACCGAUCGGGUCAACUCCAUCGAGGCCGUCUUGGGCAGCACUCGGGACGCUCUCCGCUUUGCUCGCUUUGCCGCAAGGUAUGGGAAGAGCUACGAGUCCGUGGCGGAGCUCCGCCGGCGGUUUGGGAUGUUUGUGGAGAGCUUGGAGUUGAUCCGAUCGACGAAUAGGAAGGGAUUGUCCUACAAACUUGGGAUCAAUCGGUUUGCGGACAUGAGCUGGGAGGAGUUCCGCGCCACCCGCCUCGGCGCUGCCCAGAACUGCUCGGCAACGUCCGGAGUGAACCAUUUGGUCACUGAUGCUGUGCUUCCGGAGACGAAAGAUUGGAGGGAGGAUGGAAUAGUCAGCCCUGUGAAGAAUCAGGGUCAUUGUGGAUCCUGCUGGACCUUCAGCACAACAGGGGCGCUUGAGGCAGCAUACACACAGGCAACAGGAAAGAGCAUUUCUCUGUCAGAACAACAGCUAGUGGAUUGUGCUUCUGCUUUUAACAAUUUUGGGUGCAAUGGUGGAUUGCCUUCCCAAGCUUUUGAGUACAUUAAGUAUAAUGGUGGUCUUGACACUGAGGAAUCAUAUCCUUAUGCUGGAGUCAAUGGCGUCUGCAACUACAAGCCAGAGAAUGUAGGUGUCAAGGUUCAUAAUUCAAUCAACAUUACCCUGGGUGCUGAGGAUGAGCUGAAGGUCGCUGUUGGUGUUGUUCGCCCGGUCAGUGUUGCAUUUGAAGUGGUAUCUCCUUUCAGACUCUAUAAGAGUGGUGUUUUUACCAGUGACACCUGUGGCAGCACCCCCAUGGAUGUAAACCAUGCUGUUCUUGCUGUUGGUUAUGGUGUUGAGAAUGGCAUCCCAUACUGGCUCAUUAAGAACUCCUGGGGAAGUGAUUGGGGUGACAAUGGCUACUUCAAGAUGGAGUUGGGCAAGAACAUGUGUGGGGUUGCUACUUGUGCUUCCUACCCUAUUGUUGCUGCAUAGGUGGAGGUGUUGCAUGCUUUUGUAGGAUGAACUUCCAGGGUCUUACUAUCAUGAUCACUUAUUGUGUGUUGUUUUCAAGCUGUCUCUAGUUUAUCUGUAAAACUCCUCUCUCGCAUCUUGAGAAUGUAAUUAUGCACUUUAGACCCACCAAUAAGUCAUGUAUUUAUUAUAUUUGCAUUACUAUGAUUUAUAUAUUGUGUUAGUAAGGAAUUAUGUAAUUGCCAAACUGUGUAAUUCACAUUGUAGUAAUUACAUGAUGUAUUUUGAAGUAA